AAAUCGAGUAUUUUUCAUUUUUUGUAAAAACUUUUUUUAAAUUGACAAAUAUAUCAUUCUAACCUUUUUGAAUACUUUAUCAAUCAAAUUUUUGUGAAUUUGACUCAUUUGAAGCAUAUAACAUUUUUUGAAAUUAAAAAUAUGAAUUUUGUGGUUAAUUUGACAUUAUUAUUUGAAAUUAAUAAUAUUUUUACAGUUCGAUACAAUUUCUUAACAAAAUUUUGACCUUUAAUUAAUUUUUUGGUUUGUACCAAGACUUUCAGUAUCAGUAUUUGAUAUGGUAGAUUCGACACAUGAGUAUUGAUAUGCAGAUAAAUCGCACUAGUUCGCGUAACACAGUUUUGGGUAUAAACUCGGUGAUUCUGGAAGAGGACCCUUCAGAUUCUCUCCAGACCGACGAAUUACCGAGGGACUCGAGUGGCUCGUCAAAAUAUGGCACUGAGGUUGCGUUUGAGAAGGGGAAGAAGUACGAAGGCAACAUUACUGGAGUAAAGUACGAGAAUGGGAUGCCAAACGUCCAGUGUGUGGCGAUAAUUGAGGACGUUGAGAAGAUGUUCGAUAUGGACGACUCUCAAAUCCUGACCCGGAGCUUAGAGAACACAACUUCGAUCGAAUCUUCAAAUGCACCUUCGUUCAGCAGCUUCUUCAACUCCGUCAUUCCCAUCAACGGUGGAAAGAACAGGUUUGACUUGGCUGACUCCAACAUGUCCUGUGAUGGGCCCAAUUUCUCCAACAUUAACAACGUUUCCUCUACCCUCGAGGCAGUAUCAAACACCCUUACGGCCAAAGGCGACCUCGAUAAGCCGCUCUUUCUGAGUCUUAACGAGUUAAGCGCAGACGCGUCCCCUCUUAACAAGUUUGAAAGGGCUCCAAACAAAGAAAAUACCCUAAGCUCCGCAUUGCUUUUGGCAGAUACUUCCACCAAGCUGACCCAAGAAUUCAGCAAGAAGAAGGCGCCUCCCUCGUACGAACGUGUUAAAGCACCUCAUCUAUUCAGACUCUGCCCAAUGCCCUCUUGCUAUGUCAUAAGCAAGGACGACUACUUCAACUGGCGUAGACUUUCAACACUCCAGACCUCCUCCGACACCCGCACAUCAAGGCUCAACAGACACAACACCAGUUCACAUCUAAACUACGACACCACAUGUGUGUCAAGUUCAGUUGUAAACACACCGAACUCAAAUGUCGCCAGUUCUAAGUAUCAAAUUGACCACCAACUUAUGUACAAUUCCAGUUUUGUCCCCAGUUCUAAUAAUAAUAUGGCACAGAAUACCAAUGUGAUGUAUAAUAACGUAAACGCAACUAGUGUUGUUUCAGGAGCUACAGGCUAUGCAAAUUCUAUUAACAGUCCAAAUAUUAACUCUGGUAACACCGUCAACACGAGUAAUAUGGUUAACAGUAGUUUUCAACUUGACAAAAGUUUUGAGAAGAAUUUGAAAUUAGGAUCAAAGGAAAAGAAGAUGACGACUUUGAGAAAUGGCUCAAUGAGUAUGAGGAAUGACUCAGUUAGUAUGAGAAACGAGUCCAUGAGUGUGAAGAACAGAGCAAUAAAUAGUAUAGGGACAGGAACCCAGCUGUUAAGAGGGAACAGUAUGGUAUCUGUGGUGAACAAGGGUUCCUCAAGCAUGCUAAUUCUAAAGAUCCAGAGUUACAUUAAGAACUACAUGGAUAUUAACCCAGAUUUUGGAUGGCGCAGACUUAUUGACGAUAAGAACCUGCCCUUCAGCAACUUUUCAAACAAUUCUUACAUGUUCUACAUUGAGUCUAAGAAGAGUACGCACAUCAUUAGCCUGGGUAACCUCGCAAUAAACAUCGCAUGCAGAGCCUUUAUCCUGGCCGUAACUCACGGGUACCUGGACCUCAGCCUUGUUCCGAAUUAUCUACUCAGAUACCUUCCCAGUCAAACCAUCAAACGACCCGAUUAUUUAUCAAACUCAUCAGGUUCUAACACUAGCCUUGACAAAUUGGAUGACAAACAGAAUAAACCAACCGAAAGUGGGAAAGUUGAUAAAACUAAUGAGAAGAGUAAGCUGGAUAAAGGCAAUGAAAAGGGCAAAUUGGAUGAUAAAGGAGUUGAAAAGAGUAAGGUGGAUACUAUCAGAAAAUUACCUAAGCACUACUAUUAUAAGGGUGGUGUGGAUUAUACUGACGAGGAGUGUGGACGUGAGACGAUGUACCUGAAGAGCAAUUUUCUGGGGAUUUAUGCAAUUUCAUCACUAGUCCGAAACCUACGAAGUGAGAAGUACAAGAAUAGAUACCAGAUGAAUAAAAAAGACCCGGCACACUCAGUAAAUGUGUUUCCUAUUUCCUCCUCACACAGUACUUCUGAUACCGGUAAUAGUUUUAACACCCUUAACGUUGGUAAGAAAGGCAGUGGUGUAACACCUGAUAACUGUCGUAAUAGUGCAAAUAAUAGUAACAGUCUUAAUAACAGUACGGAUGAAAGGUUACUGAAUAGCUUCAUACCGAAUACGUAUUAUAACAGUAAGAAUAGAGGCAGAGGGUUUUAUAAGUAUGUUCCAAUACCAGAGUAUGGUUGGAGGCUUGUAUCUAAGGCUCCUCACGAUGUUAGGGAAGACGGCCGGCCUGACGGGUUAUCGAAGUUCUUCUCCCGUUUUUUUAAAAGGAAACCGAGUUUCGAAUCACUUUAUCCUAACACUCUCCUCUGCAAGGUUAACCCUCCCCUAACCUCUGAGAUUAACACUAAGAUAAUGGUUGACGCUGGAUCUCUGGGAAUGAACCUCGCUGAACAGCUCUAUAGGCUUGAAAUCAGUACACAAAACAGAGAAAAAUUUCCAAAAAACACCUUCGGAUUUUCUACUCACAAUGAUAAGGUUACUUGCCCAGAUGGGACUGUGUUUGAGUUUGUUCCAGAAGAGGUUAUCCUGAACACAGCAUCUCUUAUCCACGAGAUUUACAUCACUCAAACCUAUUUGAUACUUUAACCUUUCCCGCUCAAGAUUAACAUUAUACUAGCACGAUAAAUUUAAUAAUGGAGGUUAACUCCCUUUUAACUCACCGGAACUAUUUUUAAUCUGUUAAAUGUCAUAAAAAUGCA